AUGGCCAGGUUAAGUUUGAGGCGUGGGCUCCCUGUGCAUCCUGUGAGCUGCCUGGAUGAGCUAAUGGCAUCGGGCACCCGCAGAAGCAGCAGCGUACCAAUGGUCAGGCAGGCGUUCGGUGAGAGCGGCAGUAUCAUCAAACCCUACAGCGAGAUUCCCGGGUUGUGGAAGAACGGCAUUGCCAACCUGUACAAUUUCUGGAAGCUAGAUGGCUUCAAAAACCUUCACCGGAUUAUGAUGCAGAAUUUCAAUACUUUUGGACCCAUUUACAGAGAAAAAGUAGGAUAUUAUGAAAGUGUGAAUAUCAUCAACCCAGAAGAUGCUGCCAUUCUGUUCAAAGCAGAGGGUUCUUAUCCCAAAAGACUGAAAGUGGAAGCCUGGACCUCAUAUAGAGACUACAGGAAUCGUAAAUAUGGAGUUUUACUGAAGAACGGGCCAGAGUGGAGGUCAAACAGGGUCAUCCUCAACAAGGAGGUUAUCUCCCCAAAGAUGCUGGGCAACUUUGUGCCCUUGCUGGAUGAAGUGGGUCAUGACUUUGUGGCCAGAGUCCACAAGAAGAUAGAACACAGCGGACAAAACAAGUGGACAACAGACCUCUCCCAAGAACUCUUCAAAUAUGCAUUAGAGUCGGUGAGCACAGUGCUAUACGGGGAACGUCUGGGCCUGAUGCUGGACUACAUUGAUCCAGAGGUUCAGCAUUUCAUUGACUCCAUCACCCUCAUGUUCAAGACAACCUCACCAAUGUUAUACAUACCUCCGGCUCUCCUCAAAAGAAUUGGAGCUAAAGUGUGGCGGGACCACGUGGAUGCUUGGGAUGUAAUCUUUAACCAAGCUGACCGCUGCAUCCAGAACAUUUACAGACAGUUACGUAGGGACAGCGGUCACACCAAAAAAUACCCUGGAGUUCUGGCCAGCCUGCUCAUGCUGGACAAGCUGUCUAUUGAAGACAUCAAGGCCAGUGUCACGGAGUUAAUGGCUGGGGGGGUUGAUACGACCUCUAUCACAUUGCUGUGGACGUUAUACGAGCUGGCCAGACAUCCUAACCUUCAGGAGGAACUCAGGGCUGAGGUGUUAUCUGCUAGAGCACAGAGCCAAGGAGACAUUGUGGAAAUGCUGAAGAAGAUUCCUUUGGUCAAAGGAGCGUUGAAGGAAACACUAAGGUUACAUCCAGUUGCAGUGAGUUUGCAAAGAUACACAGCAGAGGACAUCAUUAUUCAGAAUUAUCACAUUCCAGCCGGGACACUGGUGCAGUUGGGGCUCUACGCAAUGGGGAGGGACCCUAAGGUGUUUUCUCGUCCAGAACAAUAUCAACCUUCUCGCUGGCUCCGGACUGAGACCCACUACUUUCGCAGCCUGAGCUUCGGUUUUGGCCCGCGCCAAUGUAUCGGACGCAGAAUAGCUGAGACCGAGAUGCAGAUCUUUCUCAUCCACAUGCUUGAGAACUUCCGGGUGGAAAAACUGCGACACGUGAAUGUGCAGAGUACCUUUGAGCUCAUACUUCUACCAGACAAGCCCAUUUUAUUAACAUUGAAGCCCUUGCAAAAUAAUUGA